UAUGCCUUAAGCUGAGUCCCCGACUUCAGCACACUGCACACUUAUUCAAUUUUGCUUGACUCCGUGGCUAUCUUUACUUCGCACUCACAUUAUUGAGCUUUCAAGCAUUUGCUUACCACUCGGCUUCCUCUUAUACUACUCAUUGAGUGGCUUCAGUCUUGGGUAAGGUAGUCUCCGUCACCAAUUGACAUCGACACUGGUCAAGCAACGCAGCAGAGUCGAUUCGCUGUCCACCAACAACAUAAAUCAACAAUAUCUUAUACGCCAUAACAUCUCUUGUCCAAUAUUUCAAAACCACCACUAUCGACUACAGAGUAUUGGGCUUGGCGCAAGUGGGGGGACUGGUGAAGAGAGAUGGCGAGGGCUAGCGACGAGACUCGGAGAGGCGAGAACCGGGCAGAAAGAGAUGGUGCCCGACCUCCCAGUCACUCAGGUCUAUCUUGGACUUCUUCGAGAUGUCGAAGACUCUUACGUCCUCUUCAGUCGCGGAUUGCUUUACUGCGGAAGAUCGUGAUAGCUGAGAAAGCUGCUUGCGGACAACAGAGUGAACCUGGGGAUAAAGCCCUCAACAAUGCGCUGGAUCGCCAAACGGCCAAAAACCCGAAACUGGUGGACGAUUCGAACCCUUCCAGGACGCAGCGACAGCGCCCGCGCCGUACAUAUUCCAGGAAGUUGGCUGACUUCUUGGAAGACGACAACAACAUGUCAUCAAAGCCUACCAUCCCAUCCAAGAGCCAUCUUCGUCAGAGACCGAAACCUUCUUCUUCAGGAAUGCCUAGCGUCUCAACACCAAUUCUUCGCAAAGUCAGACGCCAUAUCACAACAUCACCGAGUAUGGGUCUAGCAGAGUGCCUGGAGACAGAAAGCAGUUGUAUGCGCCCCAAGACUGCGAGGCGUGGGCCUCUGGAUAGUUCCAUGUCCAAGUUAACGCGCCUCAGAGGCACAUUAUCGCCGGGGAGGUAUCAGCUUUACGAGGGUAUACUACAUGACCUGGACACUCUGCUACGCUCGACAAUACUCAACCAUCCUACCAUCGGCAAGAAGUCGUUGUUAUCGAUGUGUCUCAACAGAGUGCCUCAGUGCGCGACGGAGAUUGAGAACUGGGAGAAGUCCCAGACCGCGAAUAACGGCCCGGUUUCCUCAAUCAAGCGGAUGGCCUAUUCUUUACGAGUAUACGAUGAGCUACAGACCCUUGGAGGCACCGACAAUGGCUGGAGUCAUCUGCGCACACUUCUUCGGGCACAUGCUGUCCAUCUUCUGAAAGGAGUCAUUGGGGAAGGUCUGCUAGAUGUCUCAUUUGUUCGCAUCUUGAUCGACCAUUGCAAGGCUAUGGAAUUCCUCCAUGAAACAGCAGACCUCACGGACGCGUUGCUUUGCUUCCUCUACAGCGAACCCCCAGAACCAAGAGAGACAUCCAAAGUGAACAGGCAAAGCCAGCUACCAGCCUAUUUGUUAGACCUUGCAGACGAUCCGAUUGUGGAAUCUCACUUGCUCGAAAUAUUUCCAUUAUUGUUGCUUCAUAAACGGUUCCCCGUCGACAUGGUCUCAGGGAGAGGCUUUGGGGGUUUAUGGAGUAUAGCAGCUUCCGCAGUACUCGAAAAUAGAGCACGCCCUUCUGCAACCGAGUUUGCAUCCACCGGACUUGCAAUACUGUGUAUGAACGCCUACCCAAGACGUCAAAGGCGUUCCUCGGGGCUCACGACGGAAUCAAAAUCUGCCAAGCUCACUUUGAUGAGUGUACUUGGUGCAUUGUCAGCCAUGGCUAUGAUUUCGCAGGACUUUGGAAGUACUGCACCCAGUAUCAGUGCGAGUCACAGAAGUCGAACCCAGAGGGUAGUAGUUCACAUCCUUCAUCAAGCACUGCGACUGGUGAGAAGUCGCGUCGGUAGUAAGGAAGCCGCAUAUCCCCUUUUACUGGCAUUGUUCCUAUCAUCAUCCCCCAAAGCGGCGCAUGAUGCCACGCGGGUCAGACUGAAGGCGGCGAUCGACGGCUUCGGACACGCUCUGAGCAUGGGAAGAGCCUCAAACACGGGCAACAACGACAGCCAGCUUCUCGAUACCACGGUCGACAUCACCUGCUCGAUUGCUCACUGUUGUGGCAGAGCCACCGGCCAGCCAUCCAACUCGUACUUUGCCAAACUCUGCGAACUCAUCGAUACGCUUGAUGAGCCAGGUUUUGCAUGCUUGAGAAGCAAUGGUGCCUUUGUUCUGGCCCAAAAGACGGACGACUUACGCGAUCUGGUAUUUGCAGAGACGUUGAAGGAAGACCUGGCCGAGAAAGACGGCAUGGUCGUAGCCAAUGGCAACUUUUCAGGGUUUCGGUGGGAAGAAGGCAUCAGCGAAUGGAUUGCAACCAGCCCAUUGGCAAGAAGGCAAGAACACUUCACUCGAGGAGCUCUACCUAGGCGCCGAAGCGGAAGACAUAGCAAUGGCAAAGACGACGUCCGGGUUCUCGCGGAUCGAUCGGAGCCGGAUCCGACGACGGAAGGAGCCGACAAAACCGGACCUCUAAUAACAGCAAGCCCCGGACCGACGGGUGAGUCAAUUGGUGACCAAGUGGGCCGGCGACUGGCGGGGAAAAGGAAGAGAGCAAAGAGCGAGGAUCAUGGCAGCCGCAAGAGAGACUCGGGCGCUGGAAUCGAUGGAAUUGACGGACUUGACGAGCUUGGCAUGGGCCCAGAGAACUGGCCACGAGUUCUGGGCAAGUCCCGAUUGGGAAGCCAUGUUGCAGGAGCCAUGAAACGGGACGGGUGCCGGCGGGCUAUCCGGAGCAGCGAGACAUGGUCUCGCAAGGUUUUGGCGGACUUGGGCGUGCAGGCCACCCUUAAUGACUGCGGUUUCAACGACGAGGAUGAGCUGGGAAUUUAAUGACGACUGCGGCAUGUAGAUUGGAUUGGCCAUGUCAGUCCAGCCCAUUGGGCAUGGAUAUGUCAGUAGAUUUUUUUGUGCGAGUCAACAGGAUGCAAAAUAGCCAUCAGCUGCGUUUCAGAUCCUUGCCAAUGUGUGGAGGUACGACUGGGAACAUGGCAUAGGGUUGUCGCCAAUGUGGACCUCACCGUUCUUUUUCUUCUGUCG